AUGGACUUCGCUCCGUACCAAUCCUCCCCGCCAGAGCGCGAAAGAGCUCUCUCCCCGCCGCUCGCAUCGCCGCGCGCCUCCGGCGACUUCCGACGACCGUUCUCGCCCUACAACCAGCCCUCGCCGCCGCCCUUGCAACACCCGCAGCCUCAGCGCGGAUGGCAAACGAGCCUGCCUGGGUCGUACCCUUCGGCGGACGCACAUCGGGAGGGCGUGAGCGAGUUUGACACGAGCUUGGGGAUCCGGUUGGACUACGAGGCCGCUUUGGCGUACCUGGCCUUCCCGCCACUUGGCGCCAUCCUGUUGUUGAUUGGGGAGCGAAACAGCGACUAUGUGAGAUUCCAUGCGUGGCAGUCGGCGCUGCUCUUCACGGCAGUCAUGAUCUUCCAUUUGGUCUUCCUCUCAUGGUCCGCAUUUCUCAGCUGGCUCUUCUUCAUCGGGGAUGUCUUCAUGAUGAUCUGGCUGGCGCUGAAGGCAUACCAAGAUGCGGAUACGCUGGAUAGGUUCGAAGUCCCCAUCAUCGGGGCGCUGGCCAGCCGUAUUUUGGACGACGAAUGA